AGAUACUGUCAUCGUGCAGACCCUAAUGAAUACCAAAGGAGGCUCGAACAGUACCGACACUCUGGGAAGCAGGUCAGAAACGUAUAUAUAUAGCGAGCCAGUUUUGGCCUCCCUUUCGCAUAAUUGAUGACUUGUUACUAUUUCGUUACCUUUUUCGACCUUAUGCAACAAAGCCAGGUGCUUACACAAACGAAACUUCAACCAUGCUUGCCACUUCCAUUCUCAUUCCCCUUCUCACUACGCUGGUCGUCGCUUCCCCUACCAAACGUCAACAACAACAGCAGCAACCCGCCGGUCUAAACGCCCUGGCCAAGCAACACGGCAAGUACAUUGGGACCGCUACCAACAGUUUCAACUUGCUCGGGAACAACCCAGGCGGAGCCUACCUCGACAUCCUCCGCCGAGAGUUCAAGGGCGCUCUUACUGCGGAGAACGAAGGCAAAUGGGAUGCCAUCCACCCAACUCCCGAUCAGUACAACUGGGCGGGGAUGGAUGCGAUCGUGGCUGAAGCCAGGCAAUCGCCGGAGAAGGUCUUUGUCAGGGGCCACACCUUUGUCUGGCACGCUCAGACUCCGGCCUACAUCAACCAGAUGACCGAUCCCGAACAGCUCAAGGCCGCCUUGAGGGACCACGCUAUGAAUGUCGCGGUUCGUUACAAGAACGAUUGGACUUACCUCGAUGCCAUCAAUGAACCUCUUAACGAGGAUGGUACCUUGAGGGACAGCGUCUGGCAUCGGGUCCUCGGGGAAGACUACCUCGAGAUCGCCCUCAACAUCAUCCACGAGGCGGCCCCGUCCAUCAAGCUUUGUAUCAACGACUACAACAUCGAAGGGGUCAACGCUAAAAGCAAGGGGAUGCUCGCCAUCGCCAAGAAACUCUUGGAAAGGGGUGCCCCGUUGCACUGUAUCGGCUUCGAGUCCCACUUCAUCGCCGGGAGCAUGCCUCAAGACAUUGCUGCGAGCAUGCAACAGUUUACCGACCUCGGUCUUGAAGUCCCUCUUACCGAGCUUGACGUCAGGGUCCGGGUUACCGGGAACGAUCAAGCUAGUUCGGCCGAUCUCGCCGUCCAGGCCAACGACUAUCGUACUGCCGUCAAGACCUGUCUUGAUAACAGGCUCUGCCCCGGAAUCACCAUUUGGCAAUUCUACGACCCCAUCUCCUGGAUCCCCAGUCUGACUCCCGGUUGGGGUGCCGCUACGCCUUACGAUGCCAACUUUCUCCCCAAGCCGGCUUACGAGGCCAUGAGGGAGGCUCUGGCUACCCAGUAGAUGAGCCAAGCGCGACAUCAUCUCGGCGUUUGCUCAGGGGCAACGAUCGUCGAGCAGGGAAGGACAGGGUAUCAUAUCGUAUCAUAUCGUAUCGUACCAUCGAACUCAGAUCUAUUGCCAAACUACAUCUUCCGUCCAGUCUAUCUACUAUCGCUUGUCUACUUUUAACACCGAAUGUCAUA